CAUUUAAUAAGCUCCCAUCAAUGUUCUCUGCCAUGGCUUUUUCCUCCAAUUUUUUAAAUUUUUUAUUAUCAAUUCUCUUGGUGUUCUUCACCUCUCAUUCUUCUUCUUCUUCUUAUCCAAAUUAUUCUUUAUCAAACAUAGUUGUGAAUUCAACAACUGAAUUUAUUAACCAUACUGCAAUAUCCGAAUUUCGGAUACUGAACCGAAGAGUUCUAUCCAAAUGCCCCGACCCAAACCCAUAUCUCAGUAUAAGUACAGCCUCAAAUUCAAGCCUUUCUGAUGAAGCCUUUGUUACUGUUCAUGUUUCUGGAAUUAUGGUUCCUUCAAAAGGAGACUGGGUUGGCAUGAUCUCACCUUCUUAUGCUGACGCAUCAAGUUGCCCCUUUAAUGCCAUACAAUAUCAACAGACUGGUGAUCUCACUGAACUCCCACUCCUUUGCCAUUAUCCUGUUAAGGCACAAUAUUUGAGCAAAGAUCCGGGUUAUCUAAGUUGCAAGAAGAAAGAGUGCAAGAAACACGUGCAUGGACGUUGUGCAGUGAGAACAUGUAGUGCCACACUCUCAUUUCAUGUGGUUAAUUUUAGGACAGAUAUUGAGUUUGUGCUGUUUGCUGGUGGAUUUGGGACUCCAUGCAUCCUCAAAAGAUCAAACAGUACACUGAGCUUCACUAAUCCUAAACAGCCUUUAUAUGGCCAUCUCUCUAGCAUCGACUCCACUGCAACUUCUAUGAAAGUAAGAUGGGUUAGUGGGGAUAAAGCACCUCAACAACUGCAGUAUGGAAAAGGAAAAUCUGUAACAUCAAAAGUUUCAACGUUUACCCAAAAAGACAUGUGCAGUUCUUUCUUAAAGAGUCCAGCCAAGGACUUUGGGUGGCAUGACCCUGGCUUUGUUCAUUCAGCAGUAAUGACAGGCCUUAUUCCUUCAAGCGCAAACUCCUACAGAUAUGGAAGUGAUUCAACUGGUUGGAGUGGAAAAAUAAGCUUCAAAACACCACCAGCUGGAGGAUCAAAUGAGGUUCGAUUUUUGGCAUAUGGAGAUAUGGGAAAGGCUCCUCGAGAUCCUUCUGCCGAACAUUAUAUUCAGCCAGGAUCAUUGUCAGUGGUAAAGGCUAUGGCUGAUGAAGUAUCUGCUGGAAAUGUAGAUUCUGUAUUUCACAUAGGUGACAUAAGUUAUGCCACUGGAUUUCUUGUAGAAUGGGACUACUUUCUUCAUCUAAUCACUCCAGUGGCUGCUCAUGUUUCUUACAUGACUGCUAUUGGGAAUCAUGAAAGGGAUUAUAUAGGAACAGGAUCAGUGUAUGUAACACCAGAUUCAGGUGGAGAAUGUGGUGUGCCUUAUGAAACUUAUUUUCAAAUGCCAACACCAGCUAAAGAUAAGCCAUGGUACUCAAUUGAACAGGGAAGUGUUCACUUCACUGUUAUUUCAACUGAGCAUAAUUGGUCUCUCAACUCAGAGCAGUAUGAAUGGAUGAAGAAAGACAUGGCUUCAGUUAAUCGAAUAAAAACUCCUUGGUUAAUUUUUACUGGGCAUCGACCCAUGUAUUCUUCCAUCAAUGGGGGGAUUCUUAAAAGUGUUGAUGAUGAUUUUGUCAAAGCUGUUGAGCCAUUACUUCUGGCAAACAAGGUUGAUCUAGCAUUGUGGGGACAUGUUCAUAAUUAUGAGAGGACUUGUGCAGUCUACCAGAAGGAAUGUAAAGCAUUACCUACUAAUGGUGCAAGUGGAAUUGACACUUACAAUAGUACCAAUUAUAGUGCUCCAGUUCAUGCAGUUAUUGGAAUGGCUGGCUUUAGCUUGGACCAGUUCCCUUCACAGGCUGAAAAGUGGAGUUUGGUAAGAAUAGCUGAAUUUGGAUAUGUGCGAGUUCAUGCAACAAGGAAUUCGUUGACAAUUGAAUAUGUGAAUGCAAAUACCAGAAAGUUAGAAGACAGUUUUCAAAUCACCAGAAGCUGAGCACAUAAAAGAUGAAAAGAGAAACUAUACACUAGCACAGCAAAACUGUGUUAUACAAAGUAUAGGGAAAGUUUAUAUAAAUUCAUAGUGAAAUACAUGCAAAAGGUUUUUAUUCUGUUAUACCAGCAACAAUGUCUCAAAUAGUUUGAUUUUAGCAAAGAUGUUUCUUUGUUGACU